CGGGCUGUGGCGUCGGCGGCGGCGGCGGCGGCGGAGGGGGCACGCAGGUCGGGCCACCGCGCGGCGACCUCGGGUCCCAGAGCGGCCGCAGCGCAGCCCGAGCAGCGGCCCCGCGGGUCCCGGUGCGCGCCCCUCCGCGCGCGGCCCCGAUGCUGGACAUGAGCGAGGCCCGUGCCCAGCCGCCCUGCAGCCCGUCCGGCACCGCCAGCUCCAUGUCGCACGUGGAGGACUCGGACUCCGAUGCGCCGCCGUCGCCUGCCGGUUCCGAGGGCCUGGGCCGCGCGGUGGGCGCGGGGGGCGGCGGCCGGGGCGACGCGGCCGAGGCGGCGGACGAACGCUUCCCGGCCUGCAUCCGCGACGCCGUGUCGCAGGUGCUCAAGGGCUACGACUGGAGCCUGGUGCCCAUGCCGGUGCGCGGCGGUGGCGGCGGCGCGCUGAAGGCCAAGCCUCACGUGAAGCGGCCCAUGAACGCAUUCAUGGUGUGGGCGCAGGCGGCGCGCCGCAAGCUGGCCGAUCAGUACCCGCACCUGCACAACGCGGAGCUCAGCAAGACGCUGGGCAAGCUGUGGCGCUUGCUGAGCGAAAGUGAGAAGCGCCCCUUCGUGGAGGAGGCGGAGCGGCUACGGGUCCAGCACAAGAAGGACCAUCCGGAUUACAAGUACCAGCCGCGACGCAGGAAGAGCGUGAAAGCAGGCCAGGGCGACUCUGACUCCGGAGCCGAGCUGGGCCCCCAUCCCAGCGGUGCCGUGUACAAGGCGGACGCGGGCCUCGGUGACGCGCACCACCACGGCGACCACACAGGGCAGACCCACGGGCCGCCCACCCCGCCCACCACCCCCAAGACGGACCUGCACCACGGGGGCAAGCCGGAGCUGAAGCCGGAAGGCCGCCGUCUGGCAGACAGCGGGCGCCAGAACAUCGACUUCAGCAACGUGGACAUCUCAGAGCUGAGCAGCGAGGUCAUCGGCAACAUGGACACCUUCGACGUGCACGAGUUCGACCAGUACCUGCCCCUCAACGGCCACUCGGCCCUGCCCGCGGAGCCCGGCCAGCCCGCCGCCGGCUCCUACGGGGGCGCCUCCUACUCACACUCCGGGGCAGCCGGCCUCGGGGCGUCCCCUGUGUGGGCCCACAAGGGAGCCCCGUCGGCCUCGGCGUCGCCCACCGAGACGGGCCCCCCGCGGCCGCACAUCAAGACGGAGCAGCUGAGCCCCAGCCACUACGGCGACCAGUCGCACGGUUCCCCGGGCCGCGCCGACUACGGCUCCUACAGUGGCCAGGCCAGCGUCACCACGGCGGCCCCGGCCGCGGCCGCCAGCUCCUUCGCCAGCUCGCAGUGCGACUACGCCGACCUGCAGGCCCCCAGCUACUACAGCCCGUACCCCGGCUGCCCGUCCAGCCUCUACCAGUGCCCCUACUUCCACCCUUCCCGUCGGCCCUACGCCUCGCCCCUGCUCAGCGGCCUCUCCGUGCCGCCCGCCCACAGCCCGCCCGGCAACUGGGACCAGCCUGUGUAUACUACCCUGAGCAGACCCUGAGGGCGCCGUGGCCCGUGGGGGGGACUGGCGUCGGAGAGGGAGAACCUUUAUCUCAGCAAAGACAGAGCCUCGGGUCUUCCGGAAGGGGUGCAGAGGGAGAAGAGACGGCGGCUCCGGGCAAGGGCCUGCUGACGUCUGCGGGCAGCCACGCUUGGAGCCCGACGCCCCGUUGCUUCCAGAUCUCCCCGCUCCCUUCGGCCAACAAAGCCCUCUUUUCCUUGUCGCUCGCUCUUGGCGGUGACUGGUGACUGCGCGGGGGACGGCCGUCGGGCCCUCUUCCCUGCAGACAGCAGCCCCUUGGUUUUGCAUCUCAGUGGACCCGAGGCAGCCACAGCACAAAACAAAAAGGAGGGACGAGGCGCGGGGGUUCCGGCCGCCCGUCUCCCGGGGUCCCCGCCAGCCUCGCGCCGGGAGCCCACGGGACCAGCGGCAUCCGCAGCCUGGCGAGAAUGCGUCUGUGGGAGCAGACCUCUGGGGACCAGCCCGUCAGCUGCGAGGGGCUCCCACAACGCAGGCUCUACCCAGCGAGGUUUGGCUGGGACUAACGCUUCCCUCGUUUUAUUUUAUUUUAUUUUUUAAGUUUUGUUUUUGAAGCUUAAACACGUUCGAUUUGUUUUGGAAGCUGUUGAAACGUAUUUAUGUUCUGUAUUAUUUUAUCUUUAAUUAAGUAAUUUGUGCAGAAAGUAGGAUUUCAGACAAAACGGAGGCCGGGUUGCUGAGCUCCAGGGCCAGGAGGACGCGUGGGGUGGGGGCCCUGGGGCUCCAGGCCCCGGGGAGGUGGCCGGGACCCUGAGCGGGGAGAAGGGAUUGCCUCGUAGUGUCUGUACCCGGGUUGGGGGUGCCCGUGGCACCCGUGUGAGGUCGAGGCUUAGAGGGCAUGGGUGUCCCUGGGCUCCACCCCUGCUCACAACGGUGCCAAGCUGGGGACGGGGUGGCUGGAGAGGCACAUUAAUCUCGGCUCUUAGGACCCAGACGCCACCUACAAGCUGUGAAACUAAAACCUUCUCCACUAAGUGUUUAGAGUCUUAGCUUUAGACGAAUAAUACCCGAUUGACGCGUACCUGCUUGCGCUGCGUGCCGACCAACGGUAAUCGCCUACUUCAUGGAAACUUGUGCCUUUAAAACUUUGUACAUUUGAAGAACAUCCGAGAAGUUGCUUCUUUUUACUUUUUCUACUUUUUCCUACCUUUUUCUAGAAAAAAAAAAAAAAAGAAUUUGUUUUGCAUAUCUCUUUCUGGGGGUGGGGGCAGGGAACUACAGCAAACUCAUUUUUAUGCAAAAUCCGUUGUUCCGCGUGGAGUUUGGGCUUCCGCUGUCACUUACCUGCUGUGUUCGGCUACUUUCUGACCAAGCAACGCUAACUUUUGUACAGACCAAUUUGGUAAAAUUAAAAAAAAAAAAAAAGCUUUUUAUCUACU